AGCCAGGGAGAGAGGGAGCAUGUGAAAGGGGGAGGGGGAGCUGGCUGCAUUGGAACAGUCAGCCUCUAAUGAGCAGAUUUGAGAGACACCAGUGUAAGAGAGAGAGAGAGAGACAUCCAAGCAUAUGGGGGAAUAAGAUGACGACGAAGAAAAAGACCAUCAGCGUCACAUGAAAAUCAUUCCAACAACGUGAUUGAGUCAAGGAGGAACAGAAGAAGGUAAAUCAGGGACAAUGAAUCUGGUUUUCCCACCUGCAAGCAACCCGGAGCACAGGAUUUUUAUACAGACCUGAAAAGAGAGCUGAGAGGAAAGCAGAGACAACGACAAAACAGUGCCCAGAUAAGGAAUUAAUCACAUCAGUUUGUUUGCGAUCAAGCUGUGCGCUCAACCUGUGCUGGCGAGAGCGUGCGUAUAUAUGUAUGCGAUUGUGCACGGAUAGAGACUGCAUUGCUGCUAGCUGACGGAGACUGAAGCUUGCAGAAUUUAUCGCUCUUUUUUCUUGUUUCUCUUGCACUCUGUCUCCCUGUGUGGCAUCAGCAUGUCGGGUGGAUUUGGUACAACAGUUAGUGAGCUCCUGGCAGAAAGGAUGCAAUUGUAAAUGCCACCUGCCUGCUUCAUCCAUCGGCCAUCACUCUGAGGACUCACAGGUUUCUAGGUGGAGCCUGGUGGUCUCAGCGACUGGGAGUGGAAGUGAAACCCAGAGAAGGAGAGCGGGAGUGAGGGUAGGUGUGUUGGCACAGGGGCCUCUGUGGAGGCAGGAACGAGGAGGGGGCCAGAGCACCAGAACCGAGAGAAUAGUUGCUGCGUUGGUAAUGACAGAACAAGGCGCAUGGCUGGCGUGGGCCCACUUUCAUCACUGAGAAGAAACUGCAGGAAAGCAGCUCGUGAAUAAAAAGUUUCACUCCUGGAGGAGGAUGGUCUGAGAGGGCUCAGGCUGCUCCUGCCUAGUUCGACAGGAGGGGACUACUGCCCAGGAGGGCUCCACUUUUUUUCUUUCAACUUUUUGCAUUUUUUUAAGGCAAUUAAAGGGAGCAUAUACGGGUCUUUUCCUUCCCCGGCUUUCCAACAACACCCUGGCCCCAUUUCCAAGUCUGAUUUUGUUUGGGUUUUACUUCCUUUUCUUUUUAUUUUCUUUUUGAGAUUUGGGAUAUUUGCCAAAACCUAUUUCAUGCAUGUCCACUGGGGGCAGGUUCAACUUUGAUGAUGGGGGAUCAUACUGUGGAGGGUGGGAAGAGGGAAAGGCCCACGGCCAUGGUAUCUGCACAGGACCCAAGGGCCAAGGCGAGUACGCAGGCUCCUGGAGCCACGGCUUUGAGGUGGUGGGCAUCUAUACCUGGCCCAGUGGGAACACCUAUCAGGGGACAUGGGCGCAAGGUAAGCGCCAUGGCAUUGGAGUUGAAAACAAGGGCAAGUGGGUUUAUAAAGGUGAGUGGACACAUGGAUUUAAGGGACGCUAUGGUGUGCGGGAAAGCACAGGAACCAGCGGCAAAUACGAGGGUACAUGGAACAACGGUCUACAGGAUGGAUAUGGAACAGAGACAUACUCUGAUGGAGUGUCUUUGCUAAUAAAGGUGUGA